CUGUUUACUUGCUUAUUGAGCUUCUUCUACGUAUCGUCGCUGUAGGAUUAAUCCCUUUUGUUCAACAAUGGCACAAUGACUUGGAUGCCUUGGUGACUUUUUCGACCUUCAUUUUCUCCUUGGUUGAUUUGAUCGUUGAUGACACCCCGACAUCCAACGGCUUACAAUACCGGCUGCUGCAAACCGCUAGAUUGUGCCGUCUGUUCAGAAUCGUGCGCGUAUUCAGAAUUUUUACUAUGCAGAGGCGCUUGGCCAAUGCUGCUAGGCUAAUGGUCUCUAGAAACAAGCGCAGAUACCAGUACGACGGAUUUGAUUUAGAUUUAACAUAUGUCACAGAUAAAAUCAUUGCGAUGAGCUUCCCAUCUUCAGGAAAAAUGUCCUUUUAUCGGAACCCAAUGUCUGAAGUCGUCCGACUUUCGGACACAAAACAUCCAAAUCGCUACAAGGUUUACAAUUUAUGCAGUGAGCAUAGCUACAGUCCGUCCUAUUUUCAUGGCAGAGUUGCAAAUUUUCCGAUUGACGAUCACAAUGUGCCAACUUGUAGGCAAAUGAUUGAAUUUACUACGAGUGUUCGCAACUGGUUAGAAUCUGAUCCCAACAACGUGAUUGCUGUUCAUUGCAAAGGUAAAAAGUUCGUUUUCAUUCGUCAACAAAAACUAAGUCAAUAA